AAAAACGCAAUUUCGAGAAUUUGGCGUACUAGGAAAACUUUUGACCGAUUGCCAACGUUUAAAUUUAAAUGGGAAUUGCGCAGCGCCAUCCGUGGAAUAUAAGGUGCAUUAACUCAUAAAAAACACGUCCAUCUUUCGCGCCUAGACGAAACGAUCGAGUGCGAUUUAGUACGAUCAACACGAUCGUAGAAAAUGGCUUUGUGGAGUAAAGUACAGUCGGGGUUUGAUGUUGAGGAUGAGACUGUUAACUUUGGAACGCGGAUAAUCGCGGAAAACAAUGGUUCGCUGUACGAGGCAUGCACUGUGGCAACGAUUCAAUCGAUUGAAAAGGUGGAGCAACAACCACAUGUUAUAGCAUCCAUUCAACAUUCUAAGAUUUGUGUAACAAUUGACAAGUCAAUUACAAUCUUCAAAGAUGAAACAUGCGAUGAAAUAUUAUGUAAUAUUAGCUUUCCCUCCAUGAUAGCCAGUUAUUGCGUUUCCAAGGACAGUUUCUUUUUAUUUGUGGUGCUCACAACCAGGAUUUUAUACUGUUUGCAUUUAUCAGAUGGGAAAAUAAUUUUUACUAAAACUAUACCUGAUAAUAAGGAUAAAAUACUAGAAAUAUUUUUGAAGGAACAGAAUAAAGAAACAUGUAUUACUCUUGUUACAAAUACUGGAGCUAUUUACAGAUUCUCCAAAUUUGAUCCCCAAAUUUUAGAGAUUGCAUUUACUAGCAAUGAUCAAGUUAUGGUAGCACAAUAUACAGCAGAAAUUCAGUGUUUCCAGCUGUUUGAAGGAUUUGCUUCUUUGGAAUUUCUUAAUGCUACGGUAGAUGUAUCAUCUGAAGAACUAUCGAUAGUUAUAGUUGGAACAAAUUCGAUAUUUACUUGGCCUAGUGAACAACAUAUUGUUUUUCAAAGUAUAUUUCCUUUUGGAUAUAAAAAGGUACAACCACUGUAUGGCAACAGUAAAAUGCUUGGUCUCCGUACUGAUGAUACAUUAAAUAUAAUAUGUCUGAAUACAUUUCUUACGUUGAAAGUAUGCGAUGGGCCAGUGUUUGAUUUUAGUGUAAUACAACAUGAUGAUGCUGAGCACUGUGAAAUUUUGUUUCUAACGCAUUCUAAGAAUAAUUGUGCUUCAUAUGCAUUGCAUGUUAUUUCUUACCCAGAUUUUGAACAGAAAUUAGAAAUCAACGUACCUACCAGUACUUAUUUAUUGAAGGUUUUACACGCUUCUGAUAAUUUAUUUUACAUAGAAGGUAUUACAUCUGUGGAGACUGGUAUUAUUGACACGUUUAGGAUAAAAACGUUAUUGGAAGGUAUUCCCGAAAUACGUUUAUCAAGAUUAUUGAAGAAGAGACAAUUCGCUGCAGCUGAAGCUUUUGCAAAAAAAUUAAAUCUUUCACUGGAAUCCAUUUAUUGUUCUAAAGCAACAUUACUCGUGGAGCAGCUCAGUCCCUGGGCAAAAUCUGUUCCGGAUUCGAGUAAUGUGGAUACAUUGAUAAGUAUUCUAGAUAAAGUACAAGAUAUGCAGUAUGUGGUUGAAUGUUGUAGUAAAGCCCUCGUUUCCGAUUACGUACAAAUGAGACGGAUAUAUUCAUAUGCUCGACAAAGAAUAGUGCAAAAUAAUCAGAUAAGAAAUAUCAAUAAUGAUUCAUUGAAUACCUAUCUAUCUGUAAUGAACGACGCUUUAUAUCGACUUGAGACUUUCCAAAUGAUCCAAGACACUAAAGUGGAUACGUUGUUGAACAACGACGCUUCUAUGCAAGAAUGGAUACGAUUUUCACAAACAAAUUUAUUGGAAGAAUGUACUACCUAUUUAAGCAUGGGUCAACUAAAAUCUGCUACAUUUAUUUGGACGAGACAUCUUCCGGAUUUUGUAAAACACGUAUCUAUGCAGACUGUACAAAACAUUUUUACAAUCUUACCCGAAGAUGUGGAUCCAUCAUGUUUAUGGCCGUGGCUUGUUCAUUUUGUACCAACAUUAUUAUCCUUAUUACCUGAUGCAAUAAACGAGAUUAUAUCUUGGAGUUUAAAAAAAUUGAAAUAUCUUGAGAUAUCUCAUCGUACAGUAUGGCCAGAAAUUGGCAGAGAGUUUGUUGAAAAGUUUAUAAAAUUACUCAAAUUUGAAGCUAAUCAAUCAGUAUACUUUCAUCAAGAGUACAGAUAUCAGAACUCUCUACUGAAACAGUUUAUGAUUAUGUUUCAAGCUUUAUCCGAUAUUCAACAACUGAAGAUUGUUUAUAGAUUGAGGAUACGUCUUGAUAUCUACGUUGGCUCACCUGUAGAAGCAGUUUAUAUGUUGUUGGAUAAAAUACACACUGACCAAAUACCGAAUUUUGUGAAAACGUUCCUAAAACAAUAUAUACUUAAUAAUAAUUUACAAAACGAUGCUGUUCUUUGUAUGUAUAUUCAGAAAACUAUAAAAAAUUCGUACAGUUGGUUUAAUGCAGAAGCUACAUGGGAAAAAAGAGUUACUAUUAUAAUAGGCCUUAUACACGAUAUGGAGAAACGACUCGACCAAACUUUGAUGGUUUUAAGGAAAGCGCCAGUACCUUGGAGUCCAAUUAUAGCUACUCUAGCAGAAACAAGUAUCAAUUAUGAUCACAGUUUAUCUUUUAAAAUUAAAAUGGAGUGCGAUUAUGUUCCAAUAAAACUCAUCUUAAUAAAAUAUGGAUAUGCAACAAUAGGUGUAAAUAAUAAAUUAAUGUCACGUAUAAUAAAAGAAAAUUGCAAUUCUAUGAUUAAUGACAUAGAUGUGCUAACUAGAGACGAUCAGCAGUUAAGACAAGAUGCAUAUUGUCGGUGUAUAACCGCCCGAUUAAAUGAAAAAAAUCUCCAGAGAGCAAUAGAUAUAAUACAUCAUUUAGAAAAUGAUGUUGCCACCGUUUUAUAUUGUUUUGAAGGAAUUGUUCAUUAUAUUGUUUCAGCUUUCUCUUUUCAGGACGCAACAACGUUUUUGGUCUAUCACAUGGAAAUAUUGGGUUGCUUAGAACUUAAAAUAUCUAAUUUGUUAAAGCAGCCAAAUGUUUGUCCCUAUCGUUGCAACAAUAUUAUCAAAAUGAUAAAAGAUUUAAAGUCAUUGUACGCAUUGAAAAAAUAUUACAAGAUUGAUAUUUCUUGGAAAGAUUACCAUACGCAAAAGUCACUUAUGUUGCAAAACUAUAUCUCAAAAUUGCUUCCAAAUACGAAAGAGAACGAUUGGAAAAUAACGUGCAAGACAGUUAUUAAAGUUGCUGAGCUGUUAAGAUUAGAAAAGUCAUAUACAACCGUGUCUAUAUUAGAGCAGAUAAAAAAUUUAAACGGAUUGAAGGAACUUAUUGAUUAUGAUGAUGAUAAAGAUUUAAAUAUGACGUCCGACAAAUUUAAAAAUGUACAUAAGACAUGCUUAACAGUACUACAACAUGCUGCUGUAGACACAAACGUUGUAAAAAUGAUCAGAAACUUGAGUAUUAAGAUGUUGGAUACUUGUCAAGACAGUGAUUUACAAUCUGCACUAACGCUUUACACUUGUAUGAAUGAAUGUCCAAGCCUUCCUACCCAAGAUUGUUUUAAUGUAAAACAGGAGCUCGUAACACAAUCUAAUUGGAAGUUAUAUACAAUUUAUAAGGAUCAAGCAAUAUCUUUAGAUGAAAGAUUGUUGUCUCUGUUUAAAGAUGCAAUUUCUCUGCACAUAUAUUAUUCAAAUGAAAUCAACGAUGAUAAAGUUAUAAAUAAUGAUGAACAAAUACAUCAAUUCCUGGAAAAUACGAGAAAGCUGCAAUCCCAACACACUGAUUAUUCUUUAUGGAAAAUUUUCAAAAUGGUAUAUUUUAUAUACCAUAAUACGUCUAUGAGAAACGAAGAGAUAUUAACGGAAAUGAAACGUAUAUUAUCACAGCUUCUAAUGAAUUUACUGAGAAAGUUGUGCACCGGACGGUCAUUCGAUUUGUCGUUAGGACUGUCGUGUCUUUUUAUGUUAUCUGAACAAGAGGCGUGCAAUUGGUUUUCCACAGUUUUUACAUCAUUUCAGGCCGAUUAUAUUCGGCAUUGUACAAUCUCAACUUUGGGAUACGAAUAUUCGCGUUUGGGGCAAAACCGAUCGUUAACGCAGACGUUUGAGAGUUACAAGCUACUGCAUAUUUGGGCACAACGACUAUCACAUUAUUCAAUAACUUCUAAAGAAGUUUUAACAAAUACUGCUUCGAGCAAAAGAGAAAUUUUACAGCAGAUUAUAAACAGUAAUAAAGAUAACGUGAUUCCCUUACUAAAGGAUUAUUGUUAUAGCUUCGGAUUUAAUUACAAUGAUAGUUUAUUGCUUUAUUUACAAAUAUUACUAAAAACGUGGAAUCCGACGAUAACUGUUUCAAAUACAAGCAUGAAUAAAGAGUUACUUAUCUGUAAAGAUGAAAUCGAUGAAUUAAGAAAUAAAUGUAAUGCAGCUGUUGCGGAAAUGGAAGAUAAAUCAAUGUUAAAGCGAUGUAUCUCUACAUUAUGGAACCAUAUAACAUUUUAUCACUAUGAAGUGUUUAUUAUACUAAUGGAUCUCAUAGGAGAUAAAAGUAUGGAGAAGAGGAAUUAUCUCUGCUUCUUGCAAAAUUACACUCGGAGUGGGCUUCCUACGUCAAUGGAACAUGAAGAGUGGAUACAGCUUAAUCCUGGACACAGUACGUUGCCGCCAAUAGCCCAGUGGAGACUUCCAUUCUUGUUUAAAGUCGAUAUUUGGAAAAUCAUUACUCCUGAGUUAAAUUUACGUACAUACGACAAGUGGCUUGAUAUUGCACCUGUACUUAAUUUAGAGACACACCUCAUAUGCACAUUAGCUAUUAAGGGUGAAGUGAUACGAGUGUGGAAAACUGAUUCUACUAAUGCACAAGAUACUGCAUGGUCGCUUGAAUCGAUAAACACCACGUUGCUAAAAGAUAUCAAAAAGUGUAUACAACGGAUGACAGACUCAGAUGGAUUCUAUUACGGUACCGCAGCAUUGUACUAUGUCGUAAAUCAUACACCUCCGGGUGCUGAUCGCGUUGCUGCCGCGAAAGAAUGUUACGAGUACGCUGAGCUGGCAGCACAGAAUUCGACUAAAUUCGAAGAAGGAAUGUUAGAAAAAAUUAAAUCUAAAUAUUUGAGAUUUACGUCCGAACAUAUUCUACGUACGUACGGAUUGGUGAAGGAUAAGUAUCUUACUCUAAUCGAAAAUCCGUACAAAUUGGUGUGUGAGCUGUACAAUGACGAAAGUAUACCAUUACGAUAUCGAACCGCAAUCAACUACAGACCCGAUAUUAACGCUGCUGUUAGCGAGCUGGGUAAACUAUUCUCGUUGAAUAUAAUAAAAUUGCGUAUGAAUUUAUUGGAAGAAUGGCUACAGUCUAAUGCCAGGUAUACCGAAUUGUCCCAGAGCUUUACAGAGACGUUUUUAGCGACGAAAGAAUCUGAUCAGAAUAACGAUUGUGACGAUAAUUUAUUUAGGAUAUGCUACAUACUGGAGUAUGGAGAUAUAGAAUUAUUUGCACAAUUUCUUGUAAACAUAGGUUUUGGCGAUCAUGACGAAACUCAAUACAGUUGUAACGUACGAUAUCGAGUAUUUCAAAUAUUGCAAACUGUCGUAGACACUACUACGUUGGAGGAAUUAACCAAGCAAGAUAUAUGCACCUUUAGACAGUAUAUGAAAUCGUUACAGUACAUCGGUAAAUUGGAACCGUUAGGAUUAUGUUACAGCGUUGAUACAUUUAACACGUGUUCCAAACGGGAGCUUGUGGAAAUAUUAUGGAAAAGUCAGCGUCAUUUGCCCUAUGCUCUCUCCGUCAUAGCGCAAAUCUCCAUUGAAUUUGAAAUCGAUGAUAUCCUACUUUGGGAUGAUACUUUGAAUCAGAUGACGAAAUUGCAAAUGGUGAGUGACUUAAAGAAACUUUUACUGCAAUUACGAAAGAAAAGUGUCAUUGUCAAUUGUAACGGUUACAAAACGGGAUGGCAAUUGAUUAUCUUUGAGCCGUUCGGCGAGCUGGAUAUAAAUCCGAAUCAGGAACAAAUUGAUAAUUGCAUCGAUGCGAUCUGUCUGCUGUAUUCUUGUCCUGUUGUACAUGAAUUAGACUUCGCCACCAUCGUGAAAAAUUGUUUUGAAAGUAAACAAAUACACUUGGCUGCUGCACUUCUACCAUUUUUAAAUGAAUCUGAAAGAAAGUUUGUUUUGGAGGUUAUUAAUAAAAAAUGUCAAAUCAAAGAACUCACAGAGGAUUUGAAUCAUUUAUCUUCUAAAGGAGUACUCACGGUUACGCACGUAAGCAAUAAAUUUGUAUAUAUAAAACAUAUAAAAAUGUUAUUUUGUUUUUAUAAGCGCAAUAAUCAAAUUUAUCCUUUUUAUGUUUAGAGUCUCGCCAUGGUG